CUCCGUGUCCUCCGGGGCGCGCUUCCGCCCGGCCGUGGCGCAGUUCCGCCCGGCCGUGACGCACUCCCGGGGCCCGGCGGCGCGGCGCGGUGCGGUGCGGGGCACGCCGCCAUGCCCGGCCAGGCGGUAACGCUGCAGCUCGGCCACUACGCGGGCUGCGUGGGCGCACACUGGUGGGGGCUGCAGGCCGCCGAGCUCCGCAGCCCCGCCGAGCUCCGCAGCCCCGCCGAGCUCUGCCCCGCCGAGCUCUGCCCCGCCGCGCUGCUCCGCACCGAGCAGGAGCCGGGCGGGCAGGAGACGUUCACGCCGCGCUUGGUGGCGCUGGAGCUGAAAGGCGGCGUGGGCGGGCUGCGGCUCGGCGGUGCGGACCCGGAGGCACCGGUAGCCUGGGAUGGGGAGGUCGACGCCUACCUGGAGUGCGACUCGGGCGGGAGCGCCGCGCCGCGGGACGCCGGGAGCCGGACGGGAGGCGCUUCCAGCGGUGGGAAGCGAAGCCGCAGCGCUGCCGCCCCAGGCACAUCUCCAGCCUCUUCCCGACUUGCUGCUUCCCAGGAAUUUCCCUCUGGCAGCAGAGUGCAGCUCUGGUCUGAUUACCUCAGCGUCCGACUGCACCCUAAGAGCCUCUACGUGCUCCACCAGUACAUGCACGAUGGGGAUUGUGGCUGUCUGGAAGCCUUUGGGCAAGGUGAAAGCCUCCUGCAGGACCCUGGCUGCGUGGAGGAGGUGGAAGAUAGGCUGCACUUCUAUGCUGAGGAGUGUGAUUAUCUGCAGGGUUUUCAGGUCCUCUGUGACCUCCACGAUGGAUUCUCUGGAGUCGGUGCCAAGGUGACAGAACUGCUCCACGAUGAGUACUCAGGCAAAGGGAUCUUGACCUGGGGCUUGACUCCAGUCAUGAAGGAUGGAGGAGAUCAUCAUCAGAAUUUUUACAGACUGCUGAACACAGCCCUGGGCAUCGUCCACCUCUCCACUCACAGCUCACUCUUUUGCCCCCUGUCACUCAGUGGGAGCUUAGGAAUCAGGCCACAACCUCCUGUCACCUUCCCCUACAUCAACUGUGACGCAUCAUUGAACUACCACAGCAGUGCUGUUCUGGCAGCAGCUCUUGACACCCUCACAGCUCCCUACCGCCUCUGCUCCUCUCAGGGCUCCAUGAUGCACCUUGCAGAAUCCCUCAACUUCUCUGGCAGAAAGGUGGUAGCUGCUUGGGCUUCUGUCCCCUUUCCUUCCAUACCUGGUUGCUCCCUCGCAGAUACUUUGUGUGCCUACCAGCAGGAGGUGCCCUGGAAGCUCCUCUCUUCCUGGAGGGAGCAGAAGGUCAGCUGCUGCUUUGCUCAGUCUGUUGUGCUGCGAGGGAUUGGCAGAGAAAGCAGCAGCAGCCAGUGCCCAGCAAGGCAGCCUCUGUCUGCACUCCACAGCUGCGGGAGCAGCGAGCAGGUCCUGCAGCACUACCUGCACACGAUGUUCCCUGGGGCAUUCAGCACAGCUCUCCUGCUCCAGCAGCCCUGCAGCACUCUACCUCCAUACCCCCAGUUUUUUUCUCCUCUUCUGACCAGAGAAGGCUUCCUCCAGGACAGACCUCCCAGUUACCCCUCAGCAGCUGUGGAAAGUGUCCCUGUCCUGGCAGCUCUGCAAUCCUCCUCAGUUCUGCAGGGGCUGCUCCGCAGCCUGCACCGGGACCUGCAGAAGCUGAAUGUGCGGCGCUGGUUCAGCUUCUUCUCUGCUGGGGUGGAAGAGGACAACUUCCAGGAGGCCUUAGAGGAGCUGAGGACUCUGUCCCAGUGCUAUGAAACAGGGCUGGAAGCAGAUGAGUCUGAAGAUGAAGCAGAUUCUGACUAAGUCACCUUUAUUACCAGAGCCAGAAGACCUUCAGAAUCACUUUGAAAAGGAGAAGGCUUUGAAGGUGGUGGCCUAAGUGCUCCUUGCUUUUCAUUUCAGCACCAAGCCUCUUAACAAAGCCUGCUUGAAGUUGUCCAGGUUGUGUUGUAAAGGAGGAGAAAAAGCUGCUUUUUUUUUUUGGGGGGGGACACAGGGGGGUUGGUUUUGUAGUUUAAAAAGAACAAACCCAAAAGAACUUUGUCAAGUUGCUUUGCUCUGUGCCUUGGGGUGAGAGGACACAAUAAAUACAGGACUCAGACUGGAACCUUCCUCACAGCUACAAUCACCACGAGGUGGGGG